CAGUAUAUUGACCUCACAGAUCCAAGAUGGGCUUUUCCAGAGCUUAAGCUGCGCAAGAAGCUAGAUUUGCCCAACCCUCCAGUAAUAGACCUGACGGAGUCUGUGGUAGAAGAGACAGAACUACAGACUGAGGAAAAGUCACAGAGUGGCCAUCAUCUGGAAAAAGGCCGUAUAAAUUCAGUCUCCAAUGAUCAGGAUGUUAUUUUACUGGAAAGAUCACCAAAAGACUCUAAAUCCCCACAGAGGGACCGUGGCACCAAAAGGCCAGCACAGAGACGUUCAAGUUCUCCAACACAACCCAAGGAGGAAAACCUUACAGCUAAACUAUGUCACAAAAAAACAGCUGUAAAGCUGACACUGUUGCCAUUUCACAAAACUCUUGUCUCACAACAGAACACAUCAAGGUAUUCUGACCAGUUUGCUAAUGACUUUUCACAGAUGUCACUAUGCUUUAGACAACUAAAUGGAAACGAUGAAGAACCAGAAGUGAUUGGUACUUUGAAAACUAAUUUAUUACAAAUGGAACCCUUACCCUCUGAGUGUCUUCCUGAAGUAAUGAAAUCUCCAACGGGACAUCAAAUAAACAGUAGUCUGUCGAAUGAACAAUUGCAAAACAAAGAAUCAGAGCACCUGCAACAUCCUGCUGACUGUUUUACCAAAGAGAGAGUUCAGUCCGAUUCAAACCUAAAUAACCAUGACACUUUGGAAAAUAAACUCGAUAGUUCCCACUCUUACAAUCAUAUUCCAUCCCCGACUUUUAUUUCUUCACUUCAAACCAAACCUCCCAAAGAACCUCUUGUCUUCAACUUGGAGCAUAUGGAAUUAGACCAAUCUGAAUCUGACCAAAGAUGCCCCUCUAAUCAUUCUUCCUCCCAUUCUCUUACUCCCGGAGUGAAAUCUUGUAAGGGGUUCAACUCGAACUUGGUCUCUCACGCAAGUCUCUCAUCUAUGAGCAAUGGCAACCAGUCACCUAUCUCUGAGCAAAUGUUAGGUGAAAAGACACCAGAGUGGCAGAUGGAGACUGGAACGUACAGCGAUGCUCUAGGAAGUGAGAGUCCGGCAUCACUGUCUUGGCAAGAGGAAAGCGAUGGUGAAGACGUGAGCAAAGAGAGCAGGUUCAGAGCAGUCAGUCGAGAGGACAGACAAUACGUGUGUCCAGUCACGCUCAGGAAAGCCAUGACUGCACCAGCUCGAGAUCUGAUCAAUGAAGAUUAUGAAAUCUCCAGAGCUCCAGAAGUUCUGUGCCGUCAGAGCCUGAGCUUGGUUUACAGCACGAUCGACGAGAACUACCCAGAAGGCACUUUACAGCUACUGUCGGACCUGCUGCAGCCUGGUUACUAUCCCCCUAAAGAUAUAACCUCCCACCUACUUCGUGGCAUUCUGCUCGACCCGCAAAGUCCCUAUCACUUCAGCGUACAGGCUUUUAAUUUACUGAUGUGGACACAAAGACACCACAGGGUUAAUAAAUCAACGGUUCCAUGGGAUUGGGAAUUACUUACUUCAGUCAUGUCCAAUCAGGACAGCGCAAAGGAGCAUCGAUGUGAAGUUGUGCGCAUGCUUUUGGAAUAUGUMGUGCAGACUUUAGAAGAUGACUACCAGGCAAAAUGUUCCACAUCUGUUCACCACUCAAUGACAAAAGCAACACUGUCAUGUGAUCAACAGUUUCCUCACGUCAGAGACGUCAUCAGAUGGCUGUUUUCUGCCAUAAAGAAGUCAACAGAGUUUGGAAAAUGUAAAGAAAGGGGUGAACAACUAAGGAUGGUGUCCCUCUUCCAAAGGAUGCUGGCCCUGGCUCUGGAGGUGGACCGAUGUCCUGCUCUGAACUCUGCCAAGCUUUCCCAGGAGCUCUUCCAUAUGGUCCUCAGCCACAUGCCUCCUCGAGCGCACAGGAUGUUGUUGCUGAAGAGCCUGCAGAGCAAGCUGCUGUUAUGUAAGCUGUUGGAACAGUUGUUGGACUAUGCAUGUCCGCAGAAAAUCUCUGUGCCCAUGUCGCUCAGCCGGCUGCUGCACUUUCUGAAGAACUGCACUCUGGCACCAGACCCAACGGAUGGGACUGAAAGGUGGCAGAGGUGGGAGGAGUUGAUCCACCUCCUCUGGAUGUUGCUGCUCAGCUAUAACAACGCGAUGAAAGGCUAUUUGAGCAGCUCUUCCACAGAACGACGAGGCAAAGCCAGCACAUUAGUUUACAAGCCAGAGGACAUGGUGACAAAACCAGCUGUCCGAGAGGCCGUGGAGUCCUACCUGUCCAGAUCCCGGGCUGACCUCGGCCAAGCCUUACCUCUUCAUGUGGAAGAGUCUCUAUCUUACCUGCAGGAUUAUUUGCUGGAUGUCUGUCAGUGUUGAACCAAAAAUAAUUGCAGUGUGUUUGGUGUUUACAAGAUGUUCUAUAAAGUUAAUUUUAAAAAUAAUUUCAUGCAUUUAUUUGUAAAAAAAAAUGUUUUGUAUGCUUUUAAAAAUWUCCUUAAAGACUUUUAUUGUUUUAUUUAAAAAAUGCAUUUCCUACUUGCACACUUUAAAGCAUUACAUAAUUUCUUUGACAAACUACACACUGUUUGAUUAAACUGUUUAUUUUGCUAAA